AUGGGCGGUACUCCUAGCCCUGGCAAGGCAACGAGGAUAACCAGACCACAAAAAAUCUCAACAAGACGGCCCCAGUCCUCAGCCCGUCGGUCACGCGCCUCUUCGGUAUCGGGGGCUGCCUCUGCCGACAAGGGGCGAUCAAAUCUCGGAGCAACAGGAUACCAUAGAAACGGACUACGGACGCGCCACGGUGACUGUCUACGUUUCGGAACCCUCAACUGCCGCUCGCUCGCUUCCGAUGCAGCAAAAGAGCAAUUGCUCGCGGCAAACCGAAACGCACUCAUCGACAUAGUGGCGCUCCAGGAAACAAAAUCUCAAGACACCAGCUGUAAGACUUGGCCAAACGGUGAACUUCUCAUCCUCGGCCACAAAGUCCCUGGGAAGAACGUCGGCGGCGUCGGUUUCCUUGUCAAUCGCUCGGUUCAACACCUUGUCGACUCGCACGAAAUCGUCAAUGCCCGUCUCGGCAUCCUCCGACUCAACCUAGGAAGGCGAAGAAGACUCACCAUCAUCAACGUCUACUCGCCGACCUCACCAGAAGCUGAAUCCGACAAGACUAAAAGGGAAGAGAAGAAAAAGGAACUUGACGACUUCUACCGGAAGCUCGAGGAAACGAUCCAACGGGAGAAAGCGUACUACAUCUUCGUCCUGGGUGACUUCAACGCGAAAAUGGGCAAGUACGCCACUCCCUCGAUUCGUCACGGGAAGCAUGGACUCGGAACUCGGAACGACAACGGCGAACGCCUAGCCGAUCUUCUCCCCUCCAGAAGGCUCUACCACGGCAACUCUUUCUUCGAGAAGCCUGAUCAGAGACGCUGGACCUGGAAAUCGCCCAACGGAGACACCACCAACGAGAUCGACCACAUUCUGGCCAACCGGAAAUGGUCUCUCCUCGACGUUGCCGUACUACCCAGUUUCGACGUUGGAUCCGACCAUCGACACGUUCGCGCCAAGGUCCGUCUGAACCAGAAGUUCCUGAAGAAAAACUACCACCAGCCAUCGAGACCGAGAAGACCAAUCUACGACAUCACCACGUUGGAGGAGAAGAUCUCGGAACACGACUGGCAGCUUCUCGACGACCCGACAGCCGACUACGAAUCCCUCUGCAAUGGCCUCAUCAGAUGUGCUGAACCUGCAGCUCAACCAAUCUCUUCUCUACCGCCGCGGCUCGACCAACGAGCGAAAGAUCUGCUGCGAAGAAGAGGUGAAGUCAAACGGUCACGCACCUAGAACGUCUGACAAUCGACAAAGCCUGCAGAAUGGCCGUGCAAGAGUCCCUCGCCAACCGACGCAGGAGCGCACUUCUUCAGACAGCUGAAAAACGUCGAAGCCUCAAGAAGAAGAAGUUCGAGCUCGACGACGAGCGAACGGUGAUAACAGCACUGAAGGACGAGAACGGCCAACUGAAGUCGUCAAGGAACGAGAUGGAGCGCCUGACGGUCGACUUCUACACGAAACUCUUCCGAAGCGACGUUCCCGUCCCCAGAACACCAACGCCGCCACCAUAAGAUGAUCCCCCGAUCCUUCCCGAAGAAUUCAAGUACGCCAUCAGGAAGCUGAAGGUCGGAGCGGCCGCAGGACCCGACAACAUCUCAUCCGAACUGCUGAAGGCUGGAGGAGACUCGCUGUACCGACUACUUGCCCGGCACUUCUCCAAGUACCUGAGCGAAGCCUCUAUUCCUGAACAAUGGAAAACGUCCAAGACGAUCCUCAUUCCGAAGAAGGGCGACCUCACCGACCUGAACAACUUCAGACCGAUCUCCCUCUUAUCGGUCGUCUACAAGUUGUUCACCAAGGUCAUCGUCAACAGACUAGAGAAUCAACUCGACAACUUCCAACCGCCUUCGCAGGCUGGCUUCCGACGCAACUACUCCUGCCUCGACCACAUCCACGCCUUGACCCAGGUGGUGGAACGGCACCGGGAGCACCACAUGCCACUUGCGUUGGCCUUCGUCGACUACUACAAGGCCUUCGACAGCGUAGAGAUCAACGCCGUCUUGAAUGCUCUUGCCUCCGCCGGAGUCGCCACGAAGUACGUCGAGCUGAUCGCCAACAGCAACGAGGGAACGUCCACGACCAUCCAGCUGUUCUACAAGAAGCUUUCGAUCCCCAUCAGGAAAGGUGUUCGCCAGGGAGAUACCAUCUCCCCCAAGUUGUUCUCCACGGCACUAGAAGACGCGAUGCGCCAACUUGGAUGGGACGAAGAGCACGACUGGGAAGACAGUACAGACAUCAGAGGCAUCAACAUCGACGGCAAGGUCCUCACAAACCUUCGCUUCGCCGACGACAUCGUACUCUUCUCCAGCUCCACCACCGAACUGUCCUCCAUGCUAAACAAUCUGGACGAAGUCGGCAAGAAGAUCGGCCUCAAGAUGAACGUCAAGAAGACGCAGUGGAUAAAGAACCGCUUCUGCGACCAAGGCAAAGUCACCCUGGAGGGCCGCGACCUUCAAGAGGUCACAUCCUACAUCUACCUUGGCCGCGAAGUAAACAUGGUGAACGACCUGCAAACAGAGAUCGGCAGACGCAAACGCGCUGGAUGGGCCGCCUUCAACUCCAUCAAAGAAGUCACCAGUCAGCUAAAAGACCCGAAACUGCGAGCUCACAUCUUCGAAGCGUCGAUAAUCCCUGCCAUCUCUUACGGUACCGAAGUUUGGCCUGACACGAAGAAAAAUGCAACCUCCCUACGAACUUUCUACCGCGCACUGGAACGUGCUCUCAUCGGCACCGCUCGCUUCGAGCAAUGGAAAAAAGAACAGAGGAGCACAGACCUCCGUCAACUGUCCCAAAUCCGGGAUCUAGAAGAGCACAUACAGCGCGGGAAACAUCGUUGGGGCGGUCACGUCAUCCGCAGACAAGACGACCGCUAG